UGGUUUUUGCCAAACUUGGUUUUUCUGAGACCGUCUUUUCUCAUAGGCUCAGUUUUACCGUCCUAUCUGCAGUCGGCUACUUUCGGUGGCAGAAGAGGCCACAUCUGCUUCCUGUAAGCCCUCUGGGCAGAAGCAUGCGGUGGUGUCUCUUCCUGAUCUGGGCCCAGGGGCUGAGGCAGGCUCCCCUCGCCUCAGGAAUGAUGACAGGCACAAUAGAAACAACGGGGAACAUUUCUGCAAAGAAAGGUGGCUCUGUUAUCUUACAAUGUCACCUCUCCUCCACCAUGGCACAAGUGACCCAGGUCAACUGGGAGCAGCAUGACCAUUCGCUUCUGGCCAUUCGUAAUGCUGAGUUGGGGUGGCACAUCUACCCAGCCUUCAAGGAUCGAGUGGCCCCGGGUCCUGGCCUGGGCCUCACCCUCCAGUCGCUGACCAUGAAUGAUACAGGGGAGUACUUCUGCACCUAUCACACCUACCCUGAUGGGACUUACAGAGGGAGAAUCUUCCUGGAGGUCCUAGAAAGCUCAGUGGCUGAGCACAGUGCCAGGUUCCAGAUUCCAUUGCUUGGAGCCAUGGCCAUGAUGCUGGUGGUCAUCUGCAUAGCAGUCAUCGUGGUGGUCGUGUUGGCUAGAAAGAAGAAAUCCCUCAGAAUCCAUUCUGUGGAAAGUGGCCUCCAGAGAAAAUCAACUGGACAGGAAGAACAGAUUCCCAGUGCUCCCUCACCCCCAGGAAGCUGUGUCCAGGCAGAAGCUGCACCUGCUGGGCUCUGUGGAGAGCAGCAGGGAGAUGACUGUGCCGAGCUGCAUGACUACUUCAAUGUCCUGAGUUACAGAAGCCUGGGGAGCUGCAGCUUCUUCACAGAGACUGGGUAGCAAACAGAGGCAUGUUCUGGAAGAUACACUUUUGUCUUGACUAUUAUAGAUGUCUUGACUAAUAUAUAAACAGCUGUAUUCGCCAUCAGUGUGCGCGCGCGUGUGUGUUCAGUUGAGUGAAUAAAUGUCAUCCUCUUCUCUAUCUUCAUUUUCUUGGCCUUUUCGUUCUAUUCCAUUAUGCAUUAUGGCAGGCCUAGGGUGAGUAACAUGGAUCUUGAUCAUAAAUGCAAAAUUGAAAAAAUAUCUUGACCUGAUUUUAAAUCUG